UAACAAUAAUACUGUCCACACUCAUCAAAAACUCACUCUUUCACUACCAAACUGUAUAAAUAUUUUUAUAAAUAAAACAUAAACCAGAAGCUGCCAUUUAAAUUUUUCAUCAAGAAAAAAGAUUCAUAAUUAAAUUUUUUUUGACAUUUUUUGGUGAUUUAUGUGGUGGAAAAGAAUUUGAAUAAAGGACCCACUUGUGUAAAAGGAGCAAGAAAUUAAGAAAGAUUAUGAAUUCAACAAACAAACCAAGUGGGCCAUUUGAUUUCCUCACUCUGUAAACAAUUCACUUUCUCUCUCUAAGAUUUGUUUUUCCUUCUUUGAAAAAGAUUUGAACUUUUUAAUUAUUUUUUUCUUCUGGUUUGAUGGGGUUUAAAGAAAGUUAAUAUAAAGGAAUUUGGAUGCUUUGCUACUCAAGAUGAUGUUCAAUUUGGUUUUAUAUGUCAGCUGAUUCUAUGCAUUGGUGGAUAUUGGGUGAUGUUUCUGAUAUUGGAUCCAUCAGAUUAAUUUGUUUCUGCAAAUUUUUGAUUAGUUUGAGCAAAAUAUUUUCCAGGUUACUGCUGAAUAAAUAGUUCAGUACUUCAAUUUAUGGGCUGGCUAACCAAAAUUUUCAAAGGUUCUAGCCAUAAAAGGCAGUAUCAUGAGAAGUAUGGAGAAGACCACUGGGAUGAGCCUCGCCGUUCCGGGGUAUUAACUGAUGAUUUGUCGGAUUUUGAUAAAGACGAGAUUGAAUGUGCUAUUGCACUUUCUCUUUCUGAAGAAGAUCAUAAAGGAAAAAAGGUUAUUGAGGAAGUCAGCGAUUCGGAUUCCCUACAUUCAAUAGACGACGAAGAAGAAACGGUAGUGAGAGAUGAGGAAGAGGAAAGACGGGAGAAAGCGGAGGAAGACGAAAGACGUGCAAAAGUGGAGGAAGAUGAAAGACGUGCAAAAGCAGAGGAAGACGAAAGACGUGCAAAAGCGGAGCAAGAGGAAAGACGCGCAAAAUCUGAGGCAGAAGAAAAGCAUCAAAGAGCUCAAUUGGAGGAGGAUUUGCAGCUUGCCAAAGCUCUACAAGAUAGUUUGAAUGUGGAAAAUGAAUCACCUCCUCGAUACGAUUUCGGAAAUUCAUUUUCACCAUUUCCGUUUCUGUUUCCGUCAGGUUACAGGAUAUGUGUCGGGUGCAACGCAGAGAUUGGUCAUGGGCGUUACCUGAGUUGCAUGGGUGGUGUUUGGCACCCUGAAUGUUUUUGUUGCAAUGCUUGUAAUCAGCCAAUUAGUGAUUACGAGUUUUCUAUGUCUGGAAAUCGCCCUUUCCACAAAACGUGCUAUAAGGAGCGCCAUCACCCUAGAUGUGAUGUUUGCAGCAACUUUAUACCAACAAAUCCAUCUGGGCUCAUCGAGUACAGGGCACAUCCUUUCUGGCUCCAGAAAUACUGCCCUUCGCAUGAGCGUGAUGGGACACCUCGGUGCUGCAGCUGUGAAAGAAUGGAGUCGAGAGAUGCAAGAUAUCUAUCGCUAGAUGAUGGUCGGAGGUUGUGUCUAGAAUGCCUCGACUCAGCAAUAAUGGAUACUCAUGAAUGCCAACCUCUUUAUUUUGAAAUACGAGAAUUUUACGAAGGUUUAAAUAUGAAAGUGGAGCAGGACGUUCCUUUACUUUUGGUUGAGAGACAAGCUUUAAAUGAGGCCAUGGAAGGAGAAAAGAAUGGUCAUCAUCACUUACCUGAAACCAGAGGACUCUGCUUGUCAGAAGAGCACACUAUCACCACUGUCUCUAGGAGGCCAAGGAUUGGGGACGGUUUUCGGUUCAUAGAUCUUAUAACCGAGCCUUAUAGGCUGAGCCGUCGGUGUGAAGUGACUGCAAUUCUCAUUUUAUAUGGCCUUCCCAGAUUGUUGACAGGUUCGAUCCUCGCUCACGAGAUGAUGCACGCAUGGCUUCGACUAAAAGGUUAUCCGAAUCUACGCCCGGAGGUCGAAGAAGGUAUAUGCCAGGUCAUGGCUCAUAUGUGGCUUGAUUCUGAAAUUUACUCUAGUUCUGGAGACAAUGCUUCAUCAUCAGCGUCAUCGUCGUCAUCAGCAUCUUCGUCAUCGUCAUCACCGUCCUCAUCAGAUUCAUCUACAUCGUCAAAGAAAGGAAAGCGGUCCGAUUUCGAGAAGAAACUCGGUGAAUUUUUUAAACACCAAAUCGAGUCGGAUGCAUCGGAAGCCUAUGGUGAUGGAUUCAGGGAUGGGAAUAAGGCAGUACUGAAAUAUGGUCUCAGGUCUACCCUUGAUCAUAUUCACCUGACAGGAUCAUAUCCUCUCUGAUUUAGUCAUUGAUUGCUACAACAAUAAAAUUUGAAAUACUACAACAAUAGUUUAUAAUCCACUCUCAUAAAUACCUCUAUACUGUAAAUAAUAAAGUGAAAAAAAAAACUUAGGAGAUUUAAUAAGCUAAUGCUUUUGGAAUUGGCAAUUUAAAUGUUAUAGCAAUAUGUGAAACUUCACACAUAAAUGUAAAUUGCACUUGAAUAUCAACUUUUUACUUGAAUUUUAUCAUAUAUGGUCUGUUUUUAUGUUGUUAAA